CGUCCAACGUUAAACGCGUGCCGGCCCGUUUAAAGGUUAUUCCACCAAAAUGAAAAUAACACGGCGACACUGUCACGCUGUCCUGGCACCUGUGUCAAUCCUGAUACUGUUGUGCAGCUGUUCCGAUUUAGUGUCGUCACGGUCGACGCGUUCCGUCGAACAUCCACAAACCGACGCGGACACCGCGACGGCCGCCGAUUGCGAGCACGUCAAGCCGUUCUUCGAAAGCAAGAAAAUCACGAUCGUCGCCGCGAAGCAGAAUUCACCGGAGGACAUCGCUAAAACAACGUGCAAUGGUUUCUGCUGCAAUCAAGACACCGAAGAACAGCUGAGACACCAAGCCAGGCAAGAUUUUCACGAUUUGAUUCAUCACCACAGUAGAAGUCUGCAGGGCCUUUUGGCAACAACGGCGGAUGCACUCAGGGAGACCGUGACGCUGCUCGCGAGGCAGUCGGAGAACAAAACCCUGAACCUGUUCGAUCAAGUGUACCGGUCGAUGGCGGUUUUGAGCAAGCCGUCGAUAAAGGCGUUGUACCAGGCGAUGGCCGAUUACGUGUCGCCGAAGAACACGCCGGACACCCUGCAGCAGCCGUUGACCAGGGACAUGCUUCAGGAACGGUUCAUCGAGUUCUUCGCGAAGCUGUUCCCGAUCGCUUACCACAACGCGGUGAACCCGCACCAGUACGAGCAGGACUUCACGGAGAAGUUCAAGACCUGCCUGUACGAGACGAUGGAUGAGAUCCAGCCGUUCGGCGACAUACCGAAGCAGGUCGCGAAGUCAGUCAGCAAGAGCCUGGAGGCUACCCGGGUGCUGGUGCAGGCGUUGACUCUUGGCAAAACGGUCCUGGACAGGACCGACAGCGUGCUAUUUUCCGGCACCAGCCCGCAGCAGGAAGCCUGUUACGGGGCGCUGCUCAGGAUGACUUAUUGUCCGAAGUGCAAGGGCAUCAGUCCAGCUGUCAGGCCUUGCAGCGGAUUCUGCACCAAUGUCAUGAGAGGUUGCCUGACAGAGCCGGCGUCGGAACUGGACCUCGCGUGGUCCGGCUACGUGGAAACGGUCGAGAGGCUGGUCGUGGCGGUCGACGGUCGUAACGAUCCGCUGGGCCUGAACGCCGAGAAGGCUGUCAGACAAUUGGACACCCGCAUUUCGGAUGCCAUUAUGCACGCGAUGGAGAACGGGCCGGGGCUCGAGGAGAAGGUGAAAAAACUGUGCGGCCGUCCGGAACUGCAGUCGAAGAGCGACGGGACCGUUACGGCCGGCUCGGAUGCAGCUGCAACGGGGAAAUCGUCGACGAGCGGCCUCGAGAUGCACGCAGCUGCGCCUCCUGUCACGCAUAGAGCAUUACCGACGCAGUUGCACGUGCAGCUGGGUAAUUUCUUGGCGAGCGUCGUCAGGUCUCGGACCUUCUACGGCACUCUGGCCGACACGAUCUGCGAGGAGUACCCCGACAAACGGUGUUGGAAUGGCGAGCACGUCGGAGAAUACACGAAGAUGGUGGUGGACUCGAAUUUAAUGGCGCAGAAGUACAACCCCGAGUUCACCGUAACGACAGCGUCACCGCCGACAACUUCCUACGGCAAUACAAAUACGAGCGUGCUCAUUGACCAAUUGAGGCACAUUAAUCAGAUUUUGCAGUCUCAAUUGGCCUCGGCUCCAGACAGUGGAGCACUGCUGGCUGACGAAGGUAUAGAUGGCUCUGGAAGCGGUGACAGGCCAAUUUGGAGGAAGAAAGGAAAGAGCGACGACAUCGACAACGACGACGAAGAUGACCGCGAUGAUCACGACGACGAAGAGGCGUCUGGCUCUGGCAUGGGCCCCACUACACCAGAUCCAAUGACGAAGUUGAACCGCGACAACGCACCGACGGCCGGUUCAUCGAGCGUCCUCUUCUCGACCGCCAUCUUGGCGGUCAUCGCCGUGCACGUGAUCGCCUAAGCCGCACACCGUAGCCAGCACGGAGGACCGAAUCAGAAAUUCGACGGCCCGCGACCCAGACAAAACAGAAACCGCAUCAACAAAAUCCCGCGUCAGCGAGAAACAGCCCGAUUCCACUCGACACGAGGAAACGAUCCGCCGAUUACCAACGACAGACUCCGCUUCGUACCUAUUUAUCAUGCUACCCGAAGCAUCCUCCACAAGAAUAAAACAAGGGCACCCUGUCGCAUUCGGGAACAGAAUAAUACUAAUAACAAUAAUCUGUUUCAUUACUCAUGGAUCGAGAAGACUAUUAACGUAGCAUGCUUAGCAAACCAAGAUUCGAUGAAGAGAGAAACCCCACUGCCAUCUAAGCCUUCCUCUUCUCCGUUCGUUGGCCACCAACAAUCGCGGAGAAUCGUUUUCGGAUCCCGCCUAGAUCCAGCACAGAUUAUCCAUGACACCGAAGAGAUUCAGCCGGAGGUUGAUCUCCGUGUCACGGUGUCGCCGUUCGGUUCUAUUCUCCGGAAUCUAGAGAGCGAACGAGGAAAACUGAGAAAAGAGAAAUCGUUGGAGCGUUUCCCGGGUAUCGGGCGGCGCCGUUGUUCUGGCCAGGACAGCGUCCAUCGUUUGACGGGCUGCCAGCGGCCACCCGGUUCCGAGUGAAACGGCCUGCCGAAGGAAAGCUGGAGACGGACACGCCCAAGGAGACGCCGAGCCUCGGCCGGCCCAGCGCGGAACGGGUUCUCAUCGGUUGUACAUUUCGUUGUUCGUGCGCGAGGGACUCGAGAAAUUUCUAUUUAGGGAUGCAAGACUGUGUUUCUAGGGAAAAUUAAAUUGUUGAAGCUCGUCGGCGUUGCUUCCGGGCGGCGGGGUACUAGCGUUUCGAAAGUAACAGGAAGGAGGGAGGAGAAGGAACAUACGGUAGAGAGGUCCUCCCUCGAAUGGCGGGAACGCUGUCCGCCAUCUUGGACGGACGACGACGCACGCGACAGCGGCGUGCCUCUGCGGGGGAUCGGUAAAUUAAAGAGCUAGAGAUAUAAUUAGGAUAAUUCUGUGAACAAUCCUCGCAGUGAAGGUUUAAUGUUACAAGUAGGGUACACCGAGGCGGAUCGAAUCAGUUUGCCAGGAAAAAUUCAAUAAUUAAGCACGGUAAAGACUCUUCGAACCUUUCUUCUGCGGACGGAGACAAAACUUGAGAAAUAUAAUUCAUUCCAAUUUUUCGCGAGAUGUGCAAUCUAAGGAACAAUUUUUGACGACAGUCGAUGUAAGGACGUUCUCUGAAUAUUAGCGACGAGCGUAUUCGAAUUUUGCGAAUCACGGUGUUCAUUUCGAAGAGUAAUGAGAAUAAUUGAUAUGGACAAUCGAAACGAUCGUUUCGAAGGAAGAAAUUUGGACUGAAUUGAUAUUUCGAUCCGAUCCGCCUCUACCCUGUUCUUACUUCGACUCGGCUUCGGAUCGCGGGGGAACAACCGGAGGACAGGCCGCGAUUAUGAACGUUCAGUGGCUGUUUCACAUUGCCGUGCAUGUAUAUUGUUGAAUUACGCGACCCAGUGAACGUCCAGUUACGAAUAUUUCGGAACACGUACGAUAGACGCGGACGGACUUUUCGGGCAAGAUCAAGUUACAAUCUCGAGCAAUAAGUAUAAUAUUACCCGCCUCUAAUCACGCUCGGAGCGUUCCCGAAGUCACGCGGAUCCGUCAGUUAGGAUCUGUCGAUCGGAACGCGGUUCUCGUACUGCUUGAUUAAUUAAAAGUGUCUUCUUCACCGUAUUGAAAGUAUCGGGCCGACGAUAUUUCAUCGGCAGUAUCGAGCGGUCCAAGGGGAAACCAUCAUGGCGGAGCGCAUUCGGCUCCGACCAUUGUGCCUCGCGUCUUCGCGCCGUUCUUCGUCCCUUUGCGAACGAUCUCUCGUUCGCGACGACGCCGAUACACUAACCGUGAUCGGCGUCCGCACAAAAGCCUAGUCCAGAUUGACGGACACUGUCUGUAGACCGGUGUUUCUCGAUCUUCAUUCCGGUGAAUCUCUGUUUUCUACGAGAGGAGAGUCUGACCUCAGCUACUGGCAGCCCUGCAAUUGUUUCUAACAGUAGGACUUUAAUAAAAUAAUUGUGCGUCGUUGGACGCGUUAGAUUUAGUUUGUUUUUUAUUGACUUUCAUCAUUCUUCUCGUGUUCGACGGUUUAACCCUUUGCACUCGAAAGUUCUUCACUAUUCAAUACUUUCUAAUUCGAUGUAGACGAGAUUCUUUAAAGUUAAUUUAUCAGAUCACACAUAAAUUAGGGAACAAAGCUAUUUUCUUUCAAUAUAACGUAUUGAUGCAGUAUACAAAGUUAAAUGGUGUAUACAAAAGUUUAUGUUUUUCCAAUCAUCUGACGACUGUCGCCUCUCGAGUGCAAAGGGUGAAUAACACUGUUGUAGAUCCUGUCUACCGGGUGUCCAUGAAAAGAGACACCUAAACGUGGAAUUGGUUAGCAGAAGGUAUCUUCAGUUUUGGUAUUAAUGUGCUGUUCGUUAAUACGAUGAUGAAACUAUAAACAAAGCACAUAAACUAGCAACCUACAGUACAUCGCCUGCCAACAGUUUAUCCUCAAACCGACUCUAUCUCCAGAUUGACUACCAGCAAUGUAUAGUUCGGAGACAAACUAGCUAGGCAGAGGAACAUGGAUCUAUCUCAUCGAGUUUAAAAUCAUCCACUGUUUAAAAUCCAAUAGCUCCGCCAUCUUUCGUAUUAAAUAUUCAUACAUCUAAAAAUCAACGAAGAGCUACAUGACAGUAUCAGAGAUAGUGCCUUGCCAAUCAACUUGUCAUUUCCACACAGCACAUUGACUGCCAAUGGUUUUCCAUGUCAACGGAAAGUAAACUGUAGACUAACGUUCGUCCACGAACUAAUCGCAAAUUUCGUACCUACGAAUUGUCCACAAUCAACGUACGCGGAUCGUCGAUCUGGAUUAGGCUUAAAGCUAACUGCCAAAACACCGGUUCACACGACUGACGCUAGCUUCGAUCGUUUUCGUGUGCCGCGCGGAACGUAUUCCGCCUCGGACGCGUUUCUCCCAUCGUUAGAAACGCAAUUCCCGAGGCGAGCGUCCGACCGUCCGCGCGCGUCGAGGCACCAGCGUCGCGAAAGUACCAUUUUUUACGUCGAAAAGAAACGAUCGCAACUUCGAACGACCCCACCAUCGUCUUCGGAGGAUCGAACCUGUGGUUCGAGUUCACGCGUGCCAUCGAAUCGUACACUACCGACGUUGAUUCUUGCGAUUUUUUUGUUUUCCUUUUAUAUUUCUUUCCUUUUUAUAAGUCUUUGAGUAGGAUACGCGCGGAGCGCUUGAUACGUUGCGUAAGGAGGGUGGAUCGCAUCGGAACGUGUUCGAAAUUUAGGCCCGAUGCAGAUUGACAUCUUGUUGCUUCAAAUGCGCACGAGUGGUUCGCUGGGAAAUGCUUCGGAUUAACCCCUUGCUGUACAAUAUCGUGUCAGACUCGUAGCGGGGAUUUCAAAUAGAAUUUAACGAAAAGAAAUAUUAGUCGAUUCGUUUGAAUGCGAAUAUUGUUCCUCUGUUAUCAACGAUUAUACCUUAGAGCAUUGGCAUAGAGUAAGACUGGAAUUUUCUCGUAUUUUCAAUAAAUUAUUAGUAAUAACGUAGUCGGAUGAAUCGCAGGUCAGAAAGAAAUAGGGCAAGGGGUUAACAGAGAAACGAAGUGCUUGUGUCUGGCGACUUGUAGAAGCGUUUACUUCUGUUUCAUUUGAUCACUAUCACAAGUGACAAAAUCGUAGUCGUCGAAAUAAAAUAUCUUAAUGUUACAUCUCUAUUCUUCCAAACCAAUCGAAUAUUCUUAGAAAACACUGAAUGCCAAAAGUAUUUCCCAUUAUGAUCCUGUAAUGUACAAUACAAGUGCAAUAUUCCUUUUAGCGAUCAAUAAUAGCCAUCUAUGGUAUUGAUAACAUUGGAAGAUGACAUUAUGGUAGAAUGUUCAACGUAUUAGAUAACUUUCUAUCUCAUGAAAAAUUUCAUGCCGACACUUAACGUAUUUUCUAAGGAUACUCUUCAACCGCGACAUUUUCCUGCGAACCAUUCGUAUGUAUUUGAUGAUCCCGCUGAUGAAGCUGCGCGAACGAAUGCGAGAAGGAAACGAUAGAGAGGACAGCGGUAGUAGGUGGCAACGGUGAAACAUCGUUCGUCUGCGUCGGGCUUUACUGUGAAUCGGAUACGACGAGCGGAUGAUCAAGGACUCCGCUGAACCUUGGACGUCUAACCGUUGAGAGGAACCUUGCGUCGGCGCGUUAACGCUGGAUUCGCGGGCGUCCGUUGCAUUGUUUCCGGGAAAAUGGGUGUGUUACGCGUAGACGUUGAAUUAGAGACGCGGGAUGAAUUAAUGUCCCGCGUUGAUCGGAGUGGAACGCUAAUCGAUGGAAUAUUUAUGAUUUCUAUGAGUCGAAACUAGGAAUCCGAGGUUGUAGAAGUUUAGUCCCGUGAAUCCGGCGUUGGGGAUUUGUGGGAACUGUUGGAACAGGGGGAUCAUUAGAAUCGAGUCGCCGACGAUCGAGCAAAGUGCCAUAAUGUUUUGCUGAUUUCUGUGAAACGUGGGAACCUGAUGCUUUCGAUUCUCGAUUAACACUUUAUUUGCUCGUCAGCAGGUUUCACGAUCGCGUUACAUGGCGAACGAGAUUAACCCUUUCAGGACGAAUGUCGACGCUUCGUUUCGAUGAAAUUAUCGUGUUUGUAACGCUAAGUUGCAAAUAAACGAUUUAACGACUCAAACAGUAAGGGAUCAGUACAUAGUUCUCUUGCUCUAUAUUUUAUUUAUGCAUUCGACGUGAAAUUUCACAAAAUCUACAGUGGGUUUUGUAUUUUUUUUCGAGAAUCUUCGUCCGCGAAGGGUUAAUAUUUCUGAUUUUGGAAGACAUCGUUGGACUACGUUACUCGGGACGAUUCGAUUGACGAUUGAUUGUCAUUGUUAUCGAGAGAUUGGUUCAGCUGUUGGUUAGCAUUGGUUUCUAGGAGUACCGAAAGACUGCCGGUAGGUAAAGUGUUAAUCAUUGUUUCAACGUUAAUUGCAUUUAACGUACGUUAGGCCUACGACCUCGAAUUAUUCGUCGAUUAUUCGGAACAGUGGGAGGAUCAAGCGGUUCUGACAAUCAAAUUUUUCUUGGUAAACAGAGGGAAGACACUGGGAUCGAAGAGAGAAGAAUAUUUUUGGAAACGACGACGACUUGCACGACUUGUUCGAACGAGAAUAGGUUUAAUUGAGAUCGGUGAGCGUAAAUUAAUUGGAGGAUGACAGCUUUUUUAAGGGCAACUGUCGUUUGCCGGCCUAAUUCACCUAAUUCCUUGUGACAUUUCUAAUUAUUUAAUAUUAACGUAAAGAUAUUCCGUGGAUAUCUUCUUUAUGUCGAAGUGUUUCGAUUGGAAAUCGCAGUGCUUGCCAAAACGUGGUCGAUGAAAUUGUAAAAGAUUAGAAAAUAAAAGGAUUAUUUUUUUAUUGGUGAAAAUGUGGGAAAUACGAAGCGCUUGCUUUCAGAGCGAAUAUGUGCUGGAAUCUUUGUUUUGCAUCUUCAUUUCCUUUAUCGCGAUAGUUGGCCUGUCGAACACUUAAUUAUGACGUUUAUAAUCCUACGAAUUGUCCCCAUAUUUAGUCCAUAACGAUUCGACGCAAAAAAUUGAUCAUUCUGCAUAGUUUCUGGUAACAAGUGCUGUAAUUAACGCGGAGACCAUUUGAAAACCAGUCGAAUAACGUCGCGCAGUCCUUGAACGAAAACUGUUUCUUAUUGCUCUUAAAAAAGCCAUGAUUCUUCGGUAUGCCCACGCUUAGAUGGCCCGACAGUAAUCAUGUUAAUUACCCAGUGUUCGAAUAAUCGACAUUCUACUUUAUUUAUACGUGUAUCAUACAUUUAUUUCGUCGCGUAAUAUGGAGUGCCGAAUUUUUCAGAAAACCCAUUUCUUCAAUUCCGCGUGGAGUAUUUCGUUGGAAUAUCCCUUUAACGAUUAACAAUAGUUUCGCAAGAAUUUCCACAGUAAUUUCCGACAGCUGAUACUUCUUGCACAUAAAACGAAUUUUUAUUCCGAGCGUCAUUAAUUAGAGAUUCAUGGAAGUCACUUUUAAAAACCACUUUUUGUCCCCAGACAUUUCUCCUGAUGUCACAAUAAUAAUUUACCUUUGAAACCGUCAACGUCUAAUAAUAGAUAAAUAUAAAAUCCAUAGUUCCGCUCAGUUCGUCAGCAAUCAUCGUAUACGAGCCUCACGACAUAUUCAAAUUCCUUUAUCAAGCAAUGUAUCUCACUUGUUAUUUAAAUGAAGCCACAGUUCCAGUAACUUCUCUGCACUAUUCCACAGUAUUCAACGAAAUUACCUAGAAGCAAGACCAAAGCCAAAAGCAGCAACCCAAGAACAGUCCAUUGAUCGUUAAACCAAAAACAAAUCAACUUGCUUCACGAGCACAAGCUUCAGUUAAUCAGUGAAACGAAUCAAUCCAAAAAGCUGCUCGAAGCUUUUCAACACCCACUCAACCGAUUAAGUCUCGAACAAUGAAAACUCCGACAUUUUAUAUCACGCGACAGAUAAGAUACCGUCCGUUGCCGAGAACCUGGCACUCGUGAGGUCGUGGGGGCGGAGUCAGUCGCUCCGAGAAUCCAAUCGCGUGUCCGGGGACGGCCCGUCGCGCGACCCGAUUGGUAGGCGUGAGCGCGGCGGCCAGUCAGGCGUGCGCUCUCGAAUCCGACCACUCGGACGAGAGUGCCAGGUUCGCUGCGACGGACGGUACUCGAAGUGCCAAAACGAGAGGGUUGUAACGGCGACCGGUGGGGUUGAGAAAUGUGUCGUUCCUCGACGCAUCAACGUUUUAGACGUCCGUGGUGUCCGUGGUGUUCGCCUCGACUUCGGCGGAUUCGCUGCCCCAGCUGGGAGCGGCUACAUUAGACGUAAGAAAGAAAGUAAAAAAACCGGGGUGGGAUAAAGGGUUAGCUAGCGAGAAACCCGGGAGCCUGUCGGUGAAUUUCGACCUCGGCGGCCGCACUGAUUGUAUACACACUUGAUUUUUUCGGAUCAUUGAGGGUUAGUGCCUUUUCGAAUAUUCCCGGCCGUAGCGUCGUGUCAUCUCAACGCCCGACAGAAAGAGAGUAAGAGAGCGAGCGAGCGAGAGAGAGAGAGAGAGAGAGAGAGAGAGAGAGAAGGGA